UCCUGUAACGCCAUCUCAUAGAUGAUGAUUUAACUCUGAACUGCAAAACAAUUCAAAGAUAAACAACGAACAUUAGCCACUUGACAGCUAUCAUCGUUGACUGAAGAUUAGUAGUACCGGUGGUAUACUCCUUACGGUUGUACGGUGCAGCUGUGGUGGAGAAGCGAUAUUAUACAUAUUUGAAUUAAAAUUUUGCAUAACGAUGACGAGUUUAAACAAAUUCAAAAAUGAACCGGUAAAUUAUACGGCAGAAAUUCGCCAAAUGAUGCACGGUUUUGGGGACUGUGCAAAUCCUCUCUUAGAAUCAGCCAAAAUAAUAGAAGAUGUCGUUCUCCAGCAAAUGAGAGCGAUCGUUAAAAAGGCUUGUGAAGGAGCAACUAGGAGAGGCAAUAGAAUGAUCGGGCAGGAAGAUUUCAUCUUUCUUAUGCGAAAGGAUAAAGUCAAAGUUCAACGGCUGCUUAAAUACUUGGAGAUCAAAGAGAUGAAAUCUACGAUGAGCAAAACAGCGCAGCCUAACCUUGAUGAAGAUGUAACAGGAUUUGAAGGCAGCGAUCUUGUUUAUGUUAAACCCAGACGUCCAUGUCACGAGUUUAUUGAGCUCAUUGACAAUACUGGUGAAUUACUUGAAAAUAGAACCAGCUAUGAUAUCGUUAAACAGAAUAGACUUAUUCGUGCAGAAAUGAUUACCAGAAAAAUGGACGAAAUUCAAUACGCCAAGUAUUGUAAAGCUAGACACGCUUCGUUCACCAACAAACAAUGGCACAAAUUCAGUGACUGGAUAUGUCCAGAAGAUGAUCUGAAGAUAACAAAAUCAGGCUACCUCAUUUUGGGUUACCUAGCUUAUGAAACUGUUGCUCAAAUUGUUGAUUUAGCGUUGCUGGUGCGUCAUGAUCAGAACAAGAUACAUGGUGAUGCUAUCAAGAGGCUGAAAUUCAACCACUGCAAUCCUUAUACAUAUAAGCCAUAUCAACAAAACAUGGGAGUCGUCAUUAAGGCAAUUUCUCCGUCAGAAAUAAACGAGGCAUUAAGGAGAUAUUGGUCACCUCAGUUAGACAUGACAGGGCCUUUUCAUAGAACAUCGAUGCGUCCAAUACAUCCCAAGUUGCUCGCCUGCUAAUUUCAGCGAGAAUAAAAGACCUUGAUUCAACACAAAGAGAGUUUGAGAUUGUUUGAAUACAGAUAGUUAGUUUUUACAGAUAGUUUUUUUUUUUUAUGAUGUUACAGUUGUUCUCUUUGUUUUUUUUGCAAUAAAAUUGACACUUUGCAAAAUUCAUUGGCAGAACUUGGAUUAUUUCUCAUCAUAUACGUAAUAUAUCAGUUGUAAAUGUACAUAGUUAUUUAAUUAAUAUAUCUGGACGAAUUAUGAUAUAAAUCAAUAUUUAAAACAUUCAAGUU